AUGACAAUCAACACGGUGAACCCAUACGCAAGUAAUAACCAACUUUCAACCCUGGAGCAAGAUGUUCUGUGGGAAUUCGCAAAGUUGAAUGACAAGGUCAAAAGGGCAUCAAACCUCGCUCGAUUAACGGCGGAAUCACCGAAUGAAUCACUACUUUCAGAACUGCGAACUCUGGAGAAGAGAAUGGGUUUGGUAUUGACUUUAUUCCAAGCAUCAGUGUGGGCCGUGAUAGUUGACAUGCAAGCCGCCGAAGAAGCUAGAACGCAUCAGCAGGAACAACAACAGCAACAGCGACAGCAAGAACAAUAUGGAUAUGAUCAAUACGGAUAUGCAGGGGGUGGUGGUCAUGACCCGAGCUACGAUGAGUCCAGAGACUGGGAAGAAGAUAGUUUGAUGAGGUAA